AUGCCUAAAGACACCUCUCCUCCUCUUCCUACGGAGGAAAAGCAACCCAAGCGACCCCCAAAUGCUUGGAUUCUCUUUCGCUCAGACAUGAACCGAGCUCUGAAGUUGAAGUACCCCAAGGCCACACAGUCUGUACUAUCGAAACAAAUUUCUGAUCUCUGGGCCAGCGCGAUACCAGAAGUCAGAGCAGAAUAUGAGCGAAGAGCAGAGGCGGCUAAGGUUGCUCACCAUCUCAAAUAUCCAAACUACAAGUUUAAUCCGAGGAAGAAGGAGGAGAUCGCCCGUGAGAAGCAGGCCAAGCUCCAAGCCAAGGAAGAGAGGGCGAAGCGUAAUAGCGCGCGCAAUGCUCAACGUGCGCCUGUAGAUCACUCUCAGCUUCCCCAGAUACCAUCUCUCUACCCAACUCUCGCCGAUUUUGGCCCCAACGGUCCUUCACCGCCAGUUUCCGCUGCUGGAUCGCCUCAGGACUUGAGUAGUCGGGAAGCAUCUCCCGCUUGGCUUCCUCCUUCAUCUCUUACCCUCCCCUCCCCGAGCUUCGCCGUCCCUUCUCCAUUCGAGCCACAGGAGGUAUUCUCUCCGUCGACCGCCCCUGAUAUGUCACUCGCUGGCCCGAGCAACUGGGGGAGCCCGUCGGCCCCAUUCCAUGCACCAGAAGCUUCUGAAGCAUCCCAAUACAACGCGUUGCUACAGUUUGACUUUGCUUCUUCUCACCCUCCCGUGGAUUCAUCUUUCCAGCAGCAGCCCAUGAUUGACGCUUACUCCCAAGGAUCAGCGCCUAACAUGGGAGUAGCGCUAAUGGGCACAGGAGAUUCGUCUAUCUUUCACGUAGACCCCUUUGAUAAUGGAAUCAUUGACGGCCAGCAAAAUCUAGACCUCAACAUUGGCGUGGGCGAUUUGAACGGCCUUUUCGGCACGACUCCAUGGGAUUUCAACCAGACCAUUGACCAGGGUCAAUUCUCAGGAAAUAUAGACUUUGAAGCUCUGUUCUCCUCCUUGGAUGAUCCAUCUUUCAGCCAGCAGAAUUCUUCCUACCUGACGGGCAAUGAAACCCAGUCACAGAACUCUCCUUAUGAGAACAACAAUCCUGGGCCUUCAUCAGGCUCUUAUAGCUCUUCUUUUGCCUCGAUUCCUUUGGAAUCGGCGGGUAUGACUAUCCAGCCUUCUGCACUAGCCAGCUCCUCGUCUCUGACCUUCGAGCAAGGAUCGGCUAACACGAGUUCCUACGCACCUCCCUCAGGUGCGGUUUACGCUGGCAAUCGCCGCGUCGGAGGCAACUGGGCUCAGUACGGUCUUCCUUCAGAUGAACAUUCUCAACCUUACGCCCUACCUGCCGCCGCUCAGUAG